AUGCCCCUCUUCGCCUUCGGGUCCAAUGGAUCCGGCCAAUUAGGCAUCGGGCACGACGAAGACGUCUCAAUCCCAACUAGAUGUUUAUUUGAAGCAACAGAACCAGACGUUCUACAGUCAACUGAAGGCAUAUCAACCAAUUACCUUCGCCGCAUAGCUGCAGGGGGAAACCACACUCUUCUUCUAUUCUCCGAUGGAGCCGUGUACACGGCGGGGUGUAACGAGGACGGGAGAUGUGGUGUUGAGCCCGGGGAUGCCUUGACGAGAUUCCGGAGAGUUGUUGUACAAGACGAUGGAAGGGGACGGUCUUGCGAGACGUUCAGGGACGUUUCGGCGUGCUGGGAGGGGACCUUCCUUGUUGCUGCUGAGGGAGAUAGGGUGUUUGUGCUUGGGUCUGGGGCGAAGGGGGAGCUGGGGCUUGGGGAGGGGGUUGUGCGGGCUUCUCGGCCUGUGAUAGUUAAGGAUUUCCCACCGUCUGGGGCAGAAGUUGUGGGUGUUGCGAGUGGAAUGGGGCAUACGGUUGUCGUGUUGUCGGAUGGGUCGGUGUAUGGAUGGGGUGCGGCGAGGAAGGGUCAGCUAGGGGAGGCGGCGAAGGGGCAGAAGAUUGUUUGGGAGCCGGUCAAGGUUGAGGGGGUGCCGUUUCGAGCGACGGGUGCUGUUUGUGGGCGCGAGUUUACUGUUGUUACGGGUGAUAGGAGCAAGGGGGAGUUUGUGAUUUUGGGGUCCGCGGAUAAUAGGUGGAAUGUCUUGUCUGGUGCUCCUCCUGCCUUGGGAGCGUAUCGUGGUAUUUGGGCUAGCUGGCAUGGUGUUUAUGUACAGCGGGAUGAGGGUGUUUUGGCUUGGGGGCGCAAUGAUCGUGGUCAGCUUCCGCCGGCGGAUUUGCCGGUUGUGAGGGAGUUGGCAGUGGGAAGCGAGCAUGCUCUUGCUUUGCUUGGUGGUGGGAUGGUUGUGGCGUUUGGUUGGGGCGAGCAUGGGAAUUGUGGGCCUGCUGCAGAUGAACAGGGGAAUGUGAAGGGCAAGUAUGGUUUGAUUCCUCUUCCUACAGAAGGGGAAUCCCAUGUUGUUGGUGUUGGGGCGGGUUGCGCGACUAGCUGGGUUGUCAUGUCGUGA